AACCUUAUAAACGUUCUUCUUGCAAGGCUCAUGGGGCUCACCGGGCUGUUAAAACUCACAGUUUGCCAGACGGUGCCCUGUGGGAAUAAACCAUCAAAGAUGCUGACCCGGUGGAAACCCUCCACGGAGGAGGACAGAAAAGAAACGACGUGUUAGAAACACGUUCAGGAAUGUUCUGCGGGUAAUCAGCAAGUGCAGGUGAGGGGAAUCUCUGAGUUUUGGAGGCUCUGAGGCAGCCACCUUGUGGAGGGGUGAGCUGGCAGCGCCUUCUCGCAACGUAUGUAGCCUCUCCUCGCAGCUGGGGCAAUUAGUAAUGCUGGGGCAAUUAGUAAUGCUUACGUUUCAUUAGGUGAUCUCAGAGCACCUCACAAGAGCAGGUGAGUCACCUUCUUUUUAUGGAACCAGCCACUGAGACGUGUUGGCUGAGGAAUGUGCGCAGUGUUGUGGUGACACUGUCAAAAAUGCAAUCCACGUUUCUGUGCCGCUGAGCCUAGUUCUCACGGGCUGUUGUGCUGCCGUGUCUAGGAGACAAAUGUUGGGUUGUUCCUUCUUCCCCCCCAAAAAAGGUGGUUUGCAGAGUAGAGCAGAACAUAAAUCAUUGAUGUUGGGGAGCCCAGGCUGGGCGAGACUGCCUGGGUUAUCUGUGGUGUGGACAAAAGUGUGGGCACAACGAAGGAAUUCAUUGAGAAAUCACUUUAGGUGGCUCCUCCUAUUCCACUGCACGCACAGCAAGCAGCUCAAGCACCGUAACCCUUAUGAACCUGUUCCUGACUGCAUUUACAAGUAAUCUAAAGCCACUUGUUUUCUGCCAGCUCAGUCAUUUUCCUGGUAAUAUAAACGACUUGCUUACAUCUGUUCAUUGUCGCUUUUCUGGGUGGGAAUACUGGAACGUGUCUUUUAAGGCUUUUUUUUUUUUUCAGUGUGUUUUACAGAGCCAUGAAUACCAACCACGUCUUGUCGCUAAGGAGGUUCUAGUCCUGUUUUAGAAGGAAUAGAAUGGGGAGCAGCGAAAUGCUGAAUCUCAAAUAUAACGAGGAGGUGCAAGCUAAUCAGAGACCCUUUGUAAAAGGGAAAAUGCUUCUAGUAGAGACCGAAGAGAAGUUUCCCUAAUAGGUUCAAGACAGUGGAGUUACAAGAACAGCAGGAUAAUGAUAUUUCUUUUAAUAGCUCAGAAAACAUGAUCACAGGUCAGUACCCAUCGGAGAGACAGAAGACAGUGUGAGUGUCACAGUUUCUCCUAGCUUUGAAAGCGUUGCUCUUGUGGAGGAGGCUCUGAACGGCGAGCUGAUGAACGAAGACAUAAAUAUCCAUAGCUGGCCUUGUUCCUACUACUUGGACACCAACAAACAAUGGGUCUCUGGCAGGCUCUCGCUGACUCCUGUCGCCAUCAAAUUUACAGCUGACAAGACCGGGGAGCUGUUGGUCAACUUUCAUCUUUCCAGCAUCAGCGAGAUCAAGAAGGAGUCUUCAAAUUUAAUCUUCAGCUCUCUGACCAUCCUGGAGAAGAACACCAAGCACUGGUUCAGUUCCCUGCAGCCUAGCAGGAAUGUGGUGUUCAACAUCCUCGAGCACUUCUGGAGGGAGCAGUUGCUGUCGAGCCAAGGUGCGGGGGCAGAAGCAGCAGCUUUGCAGACGACGAAGGGGAAGGAGCUGACGGGGUUAUUGACGGGGUCGCAGAAACGGCUGGAGGACACAGCAAAAGUGCUGCAUUACCAGGGCGAGCAGUUCGAUAACAUCAUGAGGGGGCUCAACAAGAUCGAAGGGGAUAUGGAUGUGGCAGACAGGUUGUUGACGGAGCUCGAGUCUCCUUCUUGGUGGCCAUUUAGCAGCAAGCUCUGGAAAGCGCCCUUGGAAGCCAAGCCAAAGGAAACUGCCGCAGUUUCCGAUUCAAAGAACCAGGAAGGAAUCAUAAUUAGAAUUCCAGUUAUUAUCACCCACAGAACGGACUCGAAUGUCAAGCCAGGAAAACUCACGCUCUUCGCUUCUGGCCUGGAAAUCAGUGACUGCAACUCUCAGGUCAUUCACCGGUUUGAAGCAAGGGACGUGGACGAUAUCAAAGUUCACACGCCGUAUGAAAUCAGCGUCCGUCAGAGGUUUAUUGGCAAGCCUGACACCUCGUACAGGCUCCUGUCAGCAAAGAUGCCAGAAGCCAUCCCCGUCUUGGAGAUGCAGUUCAGCAAGAAGAUACAGUUUUUGGAAGAUGCCCUAGGAUUUGUCGGUGCCAGCAAGUCUCCUCAGGUAGAUUUGGGCGCCUCCAUUUGGCAAGCAGCCACGGGACUCCUGGGAGGAGUGGUGCAGCCCAGCUCGCCGGCGGGAGGCAGAGAAGGGACGGACAACGACCAGGUUCAGCUGCAGAAACAAGAGAAGGUUUCCCAGGAAGAGGCGAAAGAGCUUAGACAGAUACUGCAGAAGCUGAAGAGCCUCGCCUUGGACACAGAGGCAGAGCUGGAGAGGCAGGACGAAGCUCUCGAUUCCAUCACUACCUCUGUGGACCGUGCGACGCUGAAUAUCGACAAGCAGAACCGCAGGAUGAAGAAACUGACGUAGCACCCCCCCGGGAGCCGGUGGGGACGGUGCCACGAGGAAGAGGGGAGCAGGGAAUUGUGUUUUUAAAGACUGUUUCUUUACAGACUUUGUGUGGGAGCUGUUUGCAGUAUGGCCUGCAGUACAGUCCUGUUGAUGUCGAGGUUCUGAUAGUUCGGAAAAUGUUUCCAGACUCGGAUGAUGUUGGGCGGCUGCUUUAGGAUUAAAAAGGCCAAGCCUUUUAAUCGCGGUGAAGCAAUGAGAGUGGCUUCUUUACUACAGAAAAUCUGUAAAUACGAGGGGUUUUCAUCUAAAUGAACUUUUAUGCUGUUUUUUUUUUUUCUAUAUGCUGUUGCUUUUGAAAGUUUUUUUUUUUUUUAUUGCAACAAAGAAGUGAAAUGAACUGCAUAGGAGACUACUUCAGGUGAUUAUAGCCUAUUAAUUCUCUCUCAAGGUCUUUCUUGAAAGUGGUUAAUAGCUGAACUAAGGGCCAGAUGUCCAACUGCAAGUCAUGGAGGCUUUUUUUUUUUUUGCAAGUUAAUGCUGAGGUGAGUAAAUGAUGGUGAUAAAACCUUGUGUUCACCGAGCAAGUAGUUUUAAUAGGUUUCAAACAUGUUUUUUAGUGUACCCAGAAAUUUUAUAAGAAUAGUGAAGGCGUAGUGGCCACAGCCGUCUGUUGUGCUGUGUCCUGGGAAGUCAGCAGACAGAGUUUAGUUAAUGUCCAUGUAUUGGUAAAGACAUCAACUUAAGGAACAGUUCUCAUUUUGUUUUCUCCAUUGGAUAAAUGUUUUGCUAACUUAAGUCGCUCAUGAAAAAUAAGUGUCCCCAAAAAGGGAUUCCUGAUCUUUGAUGAUCAUCUGCACCUUUUUAUUUAUUUUUUAUUUUUCCCCUUCUCCCUUCCCCACACAGUUAGGGAAAGAAUUGAUUCUGGAGUGAAGGAAGUAAUUUUCUUCAUGGAUGAAUUUAUUCUGUACAUCUCUUGGAGUGCACUGUGUGCACCUCUCACUUGCACACAGUGGUGUUACGUUUUUGGCAAUAGCCUGAUGGAUGCGUUGUCCUCAUGAACGCCGUGUUUGUUCAGUGUGGUGCCAAACUACCUUUUGGGAGCUGGGCUGGUGGAAGGUCUCUUGUACCUUUGCUUCUCAGUACCUUCAUUUUCCAGGGAUCUCCCAGAUGUUUGACUCUCCAAAUGGGAACCUCACGUGUUGUGGGGAGCAUCAUUUGGUUUCUGUGCAUCUGCUUCAGGUUCAUAGGUUUAGGGGCCUGUGGCUGGAGCUGUAGACACUUGUCUGUCAUUUUGCAGUUGUAGGACAUCUGCCUGUCUCGUGUUUAUUAUUUCUUUGCACCAACCGGUGAUGAAACAUUUCAAGACUUCUUGUAGCCCUGUAUAUUUAAAAUGAAGGGGAAUAUUGCCAAUUGUUCUCUAAUAGGUUUUGUUUACAGUUAGCUCCAUUGAGACUACAGGACAGCGGAGACCUUUUCCCCUCCUGACUUGGCAGAUACAAGGUAGGAGGGAUUCUAGGUAAUCCACACCAUAGAAUCAUAGAAUCAUUUAGGUUGGAAAAGACCUCUAGGAUCACCUAGUCCAAAAGACAGACCUGCUGUUCACCGCCCAUUUCAUCAAGUCUUACUGUUGACCAGCUAUUUUGUUCAAAGUAGCUGUUAUAAUCCUUUUUUUUUUUUUUUAAAUGGUUUUGUAUUAAAGAAAAACUUGUAUUGCUUUCAAAUACAACCCACAGCCCUGUUGGUGCAAUAUUUUUAACUCGUGAAGCUUUGAACUGUCUAUUCACUGAUAGCUGCUGUGAAAUUUUCCUAUUUAAGAGUAACUCAGCCUACCUUUUAAAGAAAUACAUGGUAGAUCACAGAGUGUGUUGUUUUCAAGACCUUACUCUACCUUGCUUUGUAUUACUUCAGAUUAGUUUGUUAGUACUUGAGGAAAUUGUACUCCUGCACUGCAAGUCCUUCAUUUUCAGUCCGAGUUGUUACUGGCAUGCACUUUACUUCUUUGCUGAAUAUGGUGAAUAUAUACACAUACACUAUGUACUGUGAAAUAAAAUACUCUCUGGGGUUCUCGUUCUUGUUUGUUUCUGAUACCCAAAUCACUGCUGUUUUACUGUGAAAGGAGCGUAUGUUUACACAACUAUGUCAUGAAGUUACAAACGUAUUUUUCACAAAAUGUGCGUUAACUGAACCUGGUGCUGGCUGGGAGUGGAUCUCUACGCUGAAUUAGUCCGGAUCAGGACUGCCAAAAGUAAAUACUGGUUACACAUCGUUGAGUGUAGCAUUCUUUGUGCCAUAUUUUUAUUGUGGUAGUUUCUAACUCUAGCUGUUGCAUCUGAUUGAGUACCUGUAGUUCGUGUUAGUCUGUGUCCGUGCUAAAACAAAGUUGUAACGUGGUUUGUGAGAAGCGCCCCGUUCUAGAGCUGUACUGCCUGGCUGAAUUUCACAUGCCUGGAGGACUUCCAUUCUGUAGUUUCUUAUUAAAUAUCUUGUAAUAGUGA